UGGGGAGUUCAGGGUGCUUCCGCGUUUGUGUUUACUUGCACGUCGCAUUUCUGCUAUCUACAUUAUGGUUGCGGAAUUGCCAUCUGGGGAUUUUACUAUUCUAUGUAUAGCCGCAUUGCUGUGUAUUGUAUUCAUGAUCUGCUGCUUUCUCGCAUUCAACAACGACAAGGACGAAAUACACGCGGUGACGGAUAUCAUAUAUUUUCAAGAAAAAAUACCACCGAGAGAUCCGAUUUAUAUUGUAACUCUAAAAUUCGAUGACUCUUACGUCUACAGUGGACAAACAGAUUUGAUACUUCGACUCCGCGGGUCAAAUAAGGACAGUCCACUGGUAUUAUUCAGAGACUACGAUGGAUUUUACAUAGCGCGAGAGAAAACAUUGAGUCUAGGAGUCUCUAUUCCGUUUGAUCUUGGAUCUGUUGUCGAAAUUGAUGUAGCAGGUGACAACAGUGAUUUUGAUGAAGGAAUGUCUGUAUUUUCGUUCUCAGAUUUGUUCAUCAGGAAACUUCCAAGGAAAGCUGAUGCUCUGGCCAACAGCAAAACUCGUAUGAUGCUAGAGAAUCAGGAAUCUCCAUUCGAAGCUUUAUCUAAAAACGUUCGAACUUGGACAAGUGUAGAAACCUUGACAACGGCGAAAGGAGUCGGUGUACUUGGAGUGUCAGCGCCAGAAACGGGACACAGUUCUACUGUCAGAGCACGAGAUGUCGCUACAUCAUUGCCGUUGCAGGAGGAGACCGUAACAUUGAAGAAAAAGGCAUGGAUUGGAUUUCGACCAUUGCAUUACAUUUUGUCCCAAGCUUCAUCAUGGCACGAACCAUGGAGUGAAUAUUCCCAACUUGAUCACACAAUGGUUAUGUGUUUAGAUAUGAUUGCAACUCUUGUAGUCGUCAGCAGCUCGUAUGCAUAUGGAAUUGAGAAAUUUCUUAGUGUAACUGCAAUCACACCGAUGUUAAAGUCAUUGUCGGAUAACACCCCCGGAGCCGUUAACACAAUUGAAAAGUUCGAUAUGAUGGAUAUGUUCAAGAACUUCAGCCGUUACAUUGUACCCAUGAUCCAGAUUGUUUACAUUACGUUUAUCACAAGUUCAUUCAUCAUUCCGUUGUCUUUACUAUGGUGCAGGUUGUUUCGACUUAUUGGUGGUAAAGGAUUCGAGAAAGCUCUCGAAGAUGCCCAGCCGCCAUACUCCGUGGACAUCGCUUCUAAAUCAAAAGCAGCCCUGCAUUUCGGGUAUAGUGGCGCACCUCACAUCUCAGCGCGCUCCAAACCAAGAUCAAUCAAGAUUGAAACUCCUCACGAAUCAGCGCGUCAUUCUAUCCAAGGCACAAAAGCGCCCAAGGUAUCGGCCGGGCUCGACGAUCAAGAAGAUCUUUGGGAGGAUAAUUUUGGACACGGAACAACUCUGAUGCUACGGACACUCGAGUGUAAAAGCACUCACACAGCAUCAUGUGUUACAAGUUCCCGUAGAUUGCGCAUGGAACCUCUGCUGUCUAACUGUCCUGCUGAUCAUAUUACUGCCAGAUCUAUAGCGUAUGUGAGAACCAAAAUGGCAAAUCUCAGAGACGAGACUAUUCUGAGUGGGCAAAGUGGUUUGAAACACCCUGACGUAUUACAUGAAUCUCAUACGCAAUCAACUGAUGCACCACAGAUGCCUCCUCCGACUUCUACACCUGAUGGUUCUGGCGAUGUCUUGAGAGUGUCUAGAUAUUGCGAAAGAUUAGUGCAGCAGGCUGAGCGCCACAUACGAGAUAAUUCUGUGAUAGCUGAAUGUUUUGAGGUUUCUCCUCACUUGGGGGCAGCAGAUGUGCCGGGGAAGAAACCUGAUAAAUUUGCCAAUUGCUGUCCGAGAAAAUGUUGCCGAGAGGUGGGAAAUCCAGAUCAAAGUAUCUCCAAUUUAACAUUUUUUACCGAAGAAGACGCCAUAAGUUUACAGGAAAUGGUAGAACACCUUCCUGCUGCUUCAAAUAACAAUCAAAAAUCACCUUGGCCUCCAGCUGGUGCAGCUGAUUCGGGUCUUCAAUUAAUAAACAACGGAGAUAGCGAGACUUACUACGAACCACCACCAACGCCUUGCCCGUCAGCUAAACCCAAGAAGAGUUCUUUGAAAAAGUUCUCAAUUAAAAACAUUCGUGAAUCCGUGACGAAAAAAACAUAUGUGAAUAAAAGAGAAUCAGAGGAUUCCUCGGAAACUGGAAAAUGCAAAAAGGGACGCGGCUUGAAGAUGACCAUCCCUAAGAAAAGGAGUUCUUCCGCACCAUCUCGUGCUAAACAUUACGAGCCUGAAUCAGGCGUUCAAAGAAAGAAGGGAGUAAGAUUUGAAGACGAGAGAGAAAAGAAAGCUUUUCUCAGAAAAAAACGAUCACGAUCGAAUGAAAGCAAGACUAAACAGCAUGAGGGCAAACAAAGCGCAGAUUACAAGGAUAACGAUUCCGUGAAAGAACUAGUCAAGAAAUUUAAUCGUCGCACGAAAAAACCUGGAUCGCCAUCUUCACCAUUUCCUUCUGCUCGCUCUGACGUUUUCUACGACGCGGUAGCAGAGACUGUUGAUGAUUGGACAUCAGCCAAGAGUCAUGUGAUGAUGGAUCCUCACGUAGACGAACCACUGCCGGAUACAGCGCCUUUCAAAGGGAACACUGUAAAAAUAUGUGUGUUUAUAUUUCUACUGAUUCUGCAACUCGGUGAAAUUUACUUCGUAACUGCAUAUAAAAUGGAAGAAAACAAAUUUUUUAUCUUAGAGAUUGAUGGCAGUCCCGGACAAGGAGUCAGCAGGAUGCACGCUGCUUUUAUUUCAUGCAUAUUGGCUGUGCUUUGGUAUCCUAUUUUUACUGUUCACGUAAUAGCCUUGGCAUCGUAUCUUAUUGAAAACAUUCGCUCACAAUUGUCUGAAGAAAAGGAGCCUUACUAUGAAACUGGGAGCGUGGCGUCAAAACAUUCCUUGUCUGCUUUGCCCUGAAUAAAGAGAAAGUAAGGAAAAAUUAACUAUAAUUUUACCGAAAAGAUAGAGACAAUCAAAUUAGAAAAAGAAUCGCUUCGAAAGAAGACCGCGUCUGGCACCAAUAAUUUUUCAUCCGAACACAACCUUCUAUUUUCGUCUGUGCUAGAUGAGCGCCAUGUCGCGUUCAUACCUGGCAAAUUUUUUAUGUCAUUAUUGUCUUCGUGGCAUGGUUAUUUCAAAGUAGCUAAGAUGUAAUUUUGUGGUAGGCCGUGGUCAGUGAGAAUUAACUUAGUUUUUUAAGAUAUGUACUAGAACUACAACGAAUCUGAUUUUUCAUAGAAUUUUUUCGGUUAAGUUUUGUUCUCACCUUCUACACACUUUUUCGUUGUUUCAAAAUAUUUAUGCUUUAUUCGUAUAUAUUUAAAUAUUAUCCUUU